UCUCAAGAUAAAUGAAAUUUUAUGCUUGUUCAAUUUUUGUUUUAGUUGUCCUUACUCUCCUUCAGUGAAGUUGUGCCCACGUCCCGUCCUUGGGACGGUACUAAAAUAGCCUUGAACUUCUCGAAGUAUCUUUAUAGAAUAGAAAAAUGCUUUGGCAUUUGGUUUCAGCUUUCCUAUUUGGCGAGGGAUUCAUUGUUCUCAUGAUGAUCUUACCACUUUUUUCAUCACGAACAUGGAGCAGAUUUUUUAAAUUUGGUAUCAUACAGAAAAUUGCUGUGAAUUCCUCGUUCUACUUCAAUUUAUUUCUUGUCAUGUUGGCCUGUGCAUUAGCCGAAGCAAUCCGCAACUCAUGGACACAAAAACAAGCCUACAAUACGUUGAAAGCUCAUCCGUAUGAAUUACGUCCUGAAACGGAAUCAUUGUACUUGAUGCGAAUGUUCCGAGCACAAAGAAAUUUGUAUAUUUGUGGAUUCUCUCUGUUCACAUGGUUUGUUUUACGUCGUCUUGUCUGCCUGUUGUCGGAGCAUGCUCAAAUGUCUGCUAGUAUGGAGGCGAGUAUUAAACAGGCUAAAAGUGCAUCGGAAGCAGCUCAACGUAUGCUCAGUGAUACGAAGGUGACUGACAGUGAUACUGAAGACGUUUAUCCGGAUACUGUAGAAGCACUAAAGGAUGAAUUGUCGAACCUAAAAAAGAAAUUUGAAUCAGAAGAGCAAGCUCACAAACAAACCAAACGAGAUUUAGAAACUUUGAAGAAACAAAGUCUUCAAACUAAUAUUGAAUAUGAUCGAGUGACUCAGGAGUGCCAAAAACUACAGUACCGUCUGCAAAUGUUAGAAGGUGCUGGUGCCAAAGACAAGAAGUCCGAUUAAGUUCAAAUCGCCAAUUGGAUGAAGUAGUAACUAAGUGUUGACAGUUUCUUCAAAGAGUCUUCAAAUACACUUUACUGCGUUUUGUACUACUAUCAUGUUAAUCGUGUCCCGGUAUUCAUUGUUAAUGGGAUGUUGCGAAUCAUCUUGUGUUUUGUGUGUGUGUGUCUGCGUGUUCGUGUGCGCGUGUGUAUGUAUGUUCAAAUGUUGGUCGAGUUCUUCGCUUAUUAACAUGAUUACUAUUCACAUUCUGUUCUACUGCGACUUUUUCAAUUGUGUUCAUCUUUUAUUUUGUCUCUAGUUCUUUGCUUUGUGUAUUUCAUAUUCAGACAUAUUAAUUUCUUAAAUAUAAAUAAAGUUUACAUUUCGCCUACCAAAUGUGAAAUUAUAUCAGGGG